AAGGCGUCCCAGAGGAGGCAGGACCUGGAGGACUCUCUGCAGGCCAAGCAGUACUUUGCGGAUGCUAAUGAGGCCGAGUCCUGGAUGAGGGAGAAGGAGCCCAUCGUUGGAAGUCCAGACUAAGGGAAAGACGAGGACUUGGCCGAGGCUCUCCUGAAGAAGCACGAGGCCCUGAUGUCGGACCUGUCGGCUUACGGCAGCAGCAUCCAGGCCCUGAAGGAGCAGGCCCAGUCCUGCAGGGACCUGAAGGCCAAUGAGUCCCGCCUGAGGGACAUCAACAAGGUGGCAUCUGAACUGGAGUCAGAAGGUCUGAUGGCUGAGGAGGCUCCUAUGGUUCAGGCUCAGCAACAAGAACAUCUGGGUUCUGCUCCUGGAAAGGUGCGUGUUGUCCUCCGCCUCCACCAGAACCAGACGUGGUGUUUAUGUUACCACUCAUUUGUUUGUUUACAGGAUGAAGCCGACUCUAACACGGCGUCACCCUGGAAGGUGAGUUCAUUCAGCUGAUCAGAGGUCACCUCUGAUGGCAGCAGUCACGGCCGACCGUGCUGACAUCACACAGGAAUUCAGGUGACCCGGCAGGCACCAGGUUUUGGUGAAAGUGGGGACAUGUCAGCUGGUUGCCAUGGCUAGUUAUCUUUAUGCAUCUGUAUGACUGCUGACUGGUGUGUGUUUCCUGUGACCUUUGACCUCAGACCGUACGGUUGGGCGUUCAGACGACGGCUAACUUUAAUUCCAUCAAGGUAAGAGGAAGCUCUUCCCUUCCUGUCUGAGCGAUCCGUCUCCAGGUUUCUUCGUCCGGCGUCCAGCCGGCGUCCACCUUCAUCUCACCUUCAUCUCAUCUCACUUCAUUUAUAGUGCAAUACUUUCACAUUAUCAUUUUCCCACACUUCUGUAUACCUGUAUUUUGUUGUUUUUCAAUAAAGAAUGACAAAUUA